AUGAAUGAAUUUGAUGUUAUUUUAGUACCAACAGAGGAAGCUUUUCAUUUAUUAAAUUUUCCAAUUACUCAGAUGAAUGAAUUUGAAUCUGUUUAUUAAAUUGAUAAAAUUAAUUACAAACCAAUAUCAACACAUAUCGAAUUACUUUAUGCAAAUAAGAGCUAAGGAGAUUAGAGAUUAGAAGAAAAAGUUAAAUUUAAUUCGUAGAUUAUUAAUAAUCGCACAUAUUAUGCAUUGACAAAAUUAGAUGAGCAUAAUAAAAAAAUAUAUCUUUAUGUUAUAACAAACUUUUAAAAUAUGCGUGUUUAAACAACCAAAGAUGUUGAAGUUUAAUCUUAACCAUAAUAAUAAUAAUAAUAAUAAUAAAACUUAUAGAAGAAAUAUUAUAAACAUUAUUAAGAAAUUAAAUCCAAAGAGACAACAGUUGAAUUAAAGCUAUAAAAUUUGAAUUUAGAGAUUCCAAAAAAUAUACAAUCAUCUAAAUAGAUGUCCUCUGAUGAAUAUAUCAAAUAUAUUUUCGAUAGUUGA